AGACAGAGAGAGAGAGAGAGAGAGAGAGAGAGAGAGAGAGAGAGAGGAAAAGCUGUGUGUGUGUUUUGUGUGGGGUUUGCCAUCAACUUGCAAACAAGUUAGAUUAGCUAGCAGUAGCAUAGCAGGCCUGUCACAGAUAGCCUCCCGACCCCCACUCUCUCUUCUUCUCCUUUAUUUUUCCAGCUCUCUCCUAUAUAUUCAUCGUCUCCUCUCUUCUUCUACCUUAUUAUUAUAAAUUGAUCUCCCCUCCCCCCCCGGGUCCCUGUCUUUCUUACUCAUCAGCAUUUAUUUAGUUUCAUAUACAUAAAUAUAUAGACAUCCUUCUUGUUGCGCCUGGUUAUUUGCUCAUCAUCAGCUUGUCAGAUUUGAUCGUUCACAGUCAUCGUCGAUCGAUCACGGUUCACAAAUUAAGGAGACAUGUCAAGCUGCGUGGACAUCGCCGCAACCCCUGACCAGCUGUGCUACAUCCCUUGCAACUUUUGCCAUAUAGUGCUUGCGGUGAGUGUCCCAUGCAGCAGCUUGCUUGACGUAGUCACUAUAAGAUGCGGGCACUGUGCUAACCUGUGGUCUGUAAACAUGGCCGCCGCCUACCACUCUUCUUCUUCUUCUUCGUCUUCUUCUUCCUGGCCCGAUCUGCAUCAUCACCAGGUACAAUACAAGAUUCCCAAACAAGAUUACAGGAUUGACAGUGCUUCCUCAUCGAAAAGCAAGAACAAGGUUGCAGCAGUCCGAGCACCACCACCAAAACUUAAUGAGGAGAGGGUUGUCAAUCGACCUCCCGAGAAGAGGCAGCGAGUGCCUUCAGCUUAUAACCAGUUCAUAAAGGAGGAGAUUCAGAGGAUAAAGGCCAAUAACCCAGACAUAAGUCACCGGGAAGCGUUUAGUACAGCUGCCAAAAAUUGGGCGCACUUUCCUCACAUCCAUUUCGGCCUGAUGCUACAGACCAACAAUCAGCCUCAGCUGGAAUCUAGCGCUGAGAAGCAUGUGAUGAUGCCGAGGGCUGCAUUGCAUAAAUGAGAGCCAAUUAAUUUCUUAAUUUGGGACAAACCAAGCUUUGUCAUUCAUCGAGAUAUGUGUGAAGAUAAUUAUAAUUAUUCCCACCAUACCAUACAUAUCAGUUAUACAAUUCCUAUAUAUUCUAUGUGUUGUGUCC